GCUGCUGCGGGGAGAGAAGCACAGCGGUCACCGGGCGGGGCGGGCACGGCUCUGCGCGGCUCGGCACGGCCCUACCCGCUCACCCGCCCGUAAGAUCCGCGGCGCCGCCAUCUCCGUGCCCGAGGAAGAGGAAGAGGAACGGAGCCUUCCGCUUCCCCCGCGCCCAGCGCUGCUGCCUGGCAACGCGGCCGCGCGUCCCCUCCGGCCCCGCAUGGCACAGCCGCAGCCCGCGGAGGGCUCCGCGCCCCGCACCAGCACCUGGUACCGGGUGGACUCCGCGCUGCCCGGCCGCUUCCUGCAGCCCUCCUGCUUCCGCGGCUACGGGCAGCCGGAGCCGCACCCGCUGUACCGGACCACCAACCAGGAGUACGGCCGCAGAGCGCCCACGGUGCACGAGGUGCCGACCUCCUUCCACGUCAUCUCGCACGCCUUCUCAGACACUCUGGGGCAGUGUGGCAUGUACAGGAACGACGGGCUCAACACCUCGCUGGAGAAGAGCCGCGUCACCGGCCCCGCCAACUUCAUCACCCCCUACGACACCCUCAACUUCCACCCCAGCUUCAACGCCAGCGGGCCCUCGCACUGCUAGAGCGAUGAAGCCCUUUCAGUUUAUUGCUGGCUGCUUAGUUAGAAAAAUAACUCCCUCCCCCCCUAAAAAGUCAGGGAAACGACAGCACCGACCUUACCCCAAACCCGUUGCUAAGCCUCACUUGGAAGCACCACGCCGCUGCACUGUUGCUGGGUGAAGCUGGUGCUGCUUCAGGUUUCGGUUACAGCCAUGCACCAGACUGCAGGUUACCUUUCUGUGUUGUCACAGCAGAACCCAGGCUGCGAGCAGGGAAUUCGGUGCGUAGGCAAGCUGUAGCCUUGAGGGUGUCCUAAACUUACUGUUUCAGAGCUGUUGUCUUAAUAAAGAAACACAUGCAGGAAUCCACAA